AUGAUAGAAUCGGGAUACGCGGGAAGAAACAGUGAUGGAGGCAUUUUUAAAGUUAGUGCAAUGAAGUAUUGGAUUACCCACGGAGGUUUCGACAUCCCUUCACCUUCUCCGUUAACAUAUGAUGAGACAAAUAGUCCAUUUCCAUACUACUUUGCAGCUGAUGAAGCAUUCCCGUUAUCGCAGUAUUUAUUGAGGCCUUAUUCCAAAAGGACAUUAGACAAUGUUAAAAGAAUAUUCAACUAUAGGUUAAGCCGUGGACGGAAAACUAUUGAAUGCGCCUUUGGCAUGGCGGCAGAAAAGUUUCAAGUACUAAAUGGUCCCAUACGAUGUCGAAAAGUAGAAUCAGUGAAUGACAUUAUUAAAGCGGUUUGCAUUCUACACAAUUAUGUACGUAAACGAGAGGGUAUCGUCUAUAGACCCACAGACACGCAAGAAAAUCAUGAAAUAGCCGCAGUAGGUAUAGACACAAUAAUACCAAGUCAGGUAACAAUAAAUGAAAGAUCUUCAGCGAAUACGAUUAGAAAUUAUUUAUCUAAUUAUUUUCUUUCUCCUCUUGCAUCUCUACCAUGGCAAUGGAAAUACACUGUACCAGAAAUAAGAAAUACGAUACGAUAUGAUACGACAACAUGA